UUGAUUUUAAUUUUUUUUUGUCCCUUGCAGCGACUCUUGAUUUUUUGAGCUACUUACUCAUGGGUUCUGUAAUGAGCUUGAGCUGUCCCAAGACGAAAGGGGAAGAGGAACUCUCAAACGAAUCUUGCGAAACAAGAAAGACAUGUCCAUCUAACGAUCAAGACUACUCCAGAUUGAUUCCAAAUCUUCCUGAUGAGUUAUCUUUACAGAUUCUUGCUAUGCUCCCAAGAAUCUGCUACUCCAAUGUUCAAUUAGUUUCACGGAGGUGGAGAUCAGCUCUAUCGACCCCUGAGCUGUUUACUCUAAGGAAAGAGCUUGGAAGAACAGAGGAAUGGCUCUAUCUGUUGACUAAAAGCCAAGAGGGUAACCUUUCGUUGCACGCUUUAGAUCCUGUCUCUACAAGAUGGCAGAGACUGCCUCCUAUGCCUGUUAUUGUUUACGAAGAUGAACCUACUACAAGUAGUAUGUGGAAUCUCGUGAGGAGCUUACUCGGUAGAAAAGCGGAGGCCUCUGAGUUUGAGUCUGAGCAAAUGCCUUUCUGUGGCUCUGCUAUUGGUUCCAUUGACGGGUGUCUCUAUAUUCUUGGAGGGCUCUCUAGGUCUAAAACCGUGAACUCGGUUUGGCGGUUUGAUCCGGUUCUCAACUCUUGGAGUGAAGUGAGUACCAUGUUGGCGAACCGUGCUUAUUCCAGAACAGGGGUGUUGGAUAAGAAGCUCUAUGUUGUUGGAGGUGUUGAGAGUCGACGUGGAAGUUUAUAUCCGGUUCAGACAGCUGAGGUUUACGAUCCAGAGACUGAUGUUUGGUCAGAGGUUCCGAACAUUCCUUUCUCAAAGGCCCAAGUGUUGCCUAACGAGUUCUUGGCUGACUUGUUGAAGCCUAUUGUUACCGGGAUGACUUGUUACAACGGUAGGUUAUGUGUUACUCAGAGUUUAUACUCUUGUCCUUUCUUUUUUGAUGCUGGAGGAAAGGUUUAUGAUCCGGAGAGGAGUCUCUGGGGUGAGAUGCCGUCUGGUAUGGGUCAAGGCUGGCCUGCAAAGGGAGCUGGUACGAAGCUGAGUGUUGUGGUGGGUGGUGAGUUAUAUUGUUUUGAUCCUUCUUCUUCUUCUUUGGUGGAGAGUGGGAAGAUUAAGGUUUAUGAUCAAAAGGAAGAUGUUUGGAGAGUUGUUAUAGGUGAAGUACCUGUUUAUGAUAUGACAGAUUCAAAAUCUUCUUUUUUGCUUGCUGGGUUUCAUGGGAAGCUUCAUUUUAUUACUAGAGAUUUUGAUUGUAACGUUACAGUGUUAAGGGCAGAUGUGAAUGAGAUCCAAGGCUCUUCAUCAUCAUCAUUGUCUAGCUCUAAAGCUGUUUUGGGUUCAUGCUCUUUGAAGGAAAAGGGCAAUGUAGAUAACAAGUCAGACAGUGUUUUAUGGACAGCCAUUGCAAGUAAGGACUUAGGUGCUGCUGAACUUGUUAGUUGCCAAGUUAUAGAUAUAUGAAAAGCAAUGAUUAUUUGCACAUUUCUUGUGUAGCAUUGAUAGUCUCUGUGUACAGCGAAAUACAAGUGCUUGAUGCUUUAUGAUAUGUUCUGCCUAAGAUUUAUAAUACUUCUUCUGGCUUUGGCUGGCAUGUAAGCAUAUGCAAUAAAAUGUUAUGUAAG